AUGCCGAACGAUCCUCACGCCGACCCUCUCGGACCCGUCACCCACGGAGAAGGAGAAAUGCUGACGUCAACGCCAGAUCGUUAUUGCCGCCUGUUCAACGACUUAGGGAUGCCACCCCCAUUAUCCACGGCCGACCCUCCAGCCGUACUGCCCGAGGCGUUCCUCGCCCUCGUUAAGCAAGUGCAGGGAAUGAUGGAGAUAAUGCAGACCGUUGUCCCACUCAUUCCCGAAAUCAGGCGACUGAUGGACGCCUCCGCAGACCCACCUCAUCUAAGGCCGAGCACGGGACAGGAUGCAACCGGUGAGACCCGAGACAGGGCCAUACACCAUGAGGGUUCGCCCACGUGUGUCUCUCCUGCGCCCUCCCGAGCCGCACGGCGCCGCCCCGAGCCUGACACCGUAUCGUCCGACUCGGCGGACAGUUUCCUUAAGGUACAGUUCUCCCAGGUCAAUCGCCGCCUGGACGAGUUCCGACGCGAGCUCCAAAGGUUGCGGGACGAAUCAAGCGAGGACACCUCGGGGGGGUCCCCUUUCGUUCAGGAAAUACAAGAAAAACCUGUCCCUCUCAACUUUAGGGUGCCGGCCCUGGAAACGUACGACGGCGGCUCUGACUCAGCAGAGCAUAUAGCCGCGUUCAGAACUCAGAUGGCCCUUUACGGCACGUCCGACGCGCUGAUGUGCCGUACGUUCCCGACCACCUUCAGAGGACCAGCACGCGCAUGGUUCAGCCGGCUGCGACAAUCCUCAAUCGCAUCUUUUGACCAGUUCGCCAAAGAGUUCGAGCAAAACUUCCUUACCAGCGCGCGGCCUCGGCCUUCCAUAGCCGCCCUGCUGGCACUAUCGCAGCACGAAGAGGAAACGCUCGCGCAGUUUGUGACACGCUUUGCCGCGGAGAUCCGCGGCUAUUCGGACACUCACCCCUCUUUGAUCAUGCAGGCGUUCCUGACGGGGCUGAAACCCUCGAGGUUCUUCUGGUCACUAAUCGAGAAGCCGCCCGCCACUGUCCCCGAGAUGCUCCACCGGGCCAACCAAUACGUCGCCGGCGAAGCAUUAGCAGCAGGAAGACGCCCGGUCGCGAAGAAAUCGCGAACCGAGCAACCCCGAGCCGCCACCUCGUCGGUCGACCUGCGACCCCAUCGGAGGCCCGACCACCCUGAGCAGCGGCUCCCGAGACCUCCUCCCCUCCCACUCAACACACCUCGUACCGAGAUCUUCCUCCAGAUCAGGGAGAAAGCUCUUCUGCGGCCCCCUAAUCCUAUGAGAGCUACUUACAAAAAUCGAUCGAAAUACUGCAGGUUCCACCGAGACCACGGCCACGACACAGAAGACUGCCACGACCUCCAGAAUCAGAUCGAGGAGCUGAUCAGAAGAGGGUACCUCGGCCGUUAUCUCAAGGAACCCCGAGAAGCAACCCCGCGUCCCCGGAUGCCCGUGGAGAGGCAGGUCGAUGUCAUCAUCGGUGGACCAGCGGCAGGCGGCAGCAGCUCAAGCGCAAGGAAAUCCUACGCCCGGAGCUCGGUCGAGAAGCGCCCCCGACCCGAACUAGAACCCGAAAUCUCUUUUGGGGCCGAGGAGGGAGAAAGGUCCCAUCAUGACGACGCUCUGGUAAUUUCUGUCCAGAUCGCCAACGCUCGGGUGAAGCGGGUGAUGGUCGACACUGGGAGCUCCGCCGACAUCCUGUACCUCGACGCCUUCAAAAGGCUCGGCCUGCCCACUGAAGACCUCAUCCCCAUGAGCUCGGCGCUCACGGGAUUCACCGGAGACUCAAUCUCCCCGCUCGGCACCACCACACUCCUUGUCUCCAUUGGGGAGGAGCCAAGAACCAAGACAAUAAUGACUACGUUCAUGGUGGUCAACCUGCCCUCGGCCUACAACGUUAUCCUCGGGCGCCCGACGCUCAACAAGCUAAAAGCAGUAGUCUCAACCUACCACCGAGCCAUCAAGUUUCCCACCUCGGCGGGGGUUGGAGAAUCGCGAAGCGACCCAGGCGAGUCAAGAAGGUGCUACCUCACCGCGGUCUCACUCCCGAAAAGGGCGUGCCCCCAUAUCCCAGACCCACGAGAAGAGACCCCCAUGUCAACACACCUUGAACCGCCCGAGCGGCUUACCGAGGUACCGAUAAAGGGAGACCGGCCCGGUCAGACCGUGAAAAUCGGCACAGCUCAGCUCGAAGGAAACCAGCUCUAG